GGGAGGCAGGAAGGGAGGCAGAAAGGGAGGCAGGUAGGUAGGAAGAAGAGGUAGGGAGAGACAACAUAGAAGGAGGUUGAGGAACGCCGAAUUUGAACGAGUGGAAGCAUAAUUCCGAAGGGGUUCGAGCGGAAGGCCAGUUCCGCGAACUCGCGUAAUCGAUUCCGUCAUGUCGCGGACCACCCGGGUACGGUCCUAAUAAAUAAGUAAUACGCCGGUUCAAGCAAAAGAUCAGAAUUCCAGGAGAGGAGAGAGCGAAGCAGCGACCAAGAUUCAUCUUGUGCUACCUUAGCAGCUACGUAAAGUGUACCUGAGAACGUAGGUAUAUCCUUCAAAGGGAAAAUCGAUAUCAAUUGUAUAAUUAUUGCAAGGACCGAUUGUCUUUGGUUUCGCAGGGUAUCUACGACGAGCGAGAGCAAAUGCACGCGAAUAAGAUCUCGAAUUGCCGGUGCGACAUCGGAGUAGCCAGGAGGGACGGUCUUCCGCUGCUGCAGUAGCUGGCUUGCUGGUUGGCUACAAUUUUCUUGUUCGGUUAUACGAUGACACUUGGAAGGUGUCGCUCUCGAAGAAGGCAGGGUCAAUAUCGCAAGGUGGCAAAGAGGUAAAACGUAAUAGGUCUUCGCAGAACGAGAGCGCGAGAGAGAGAAGUGUAAACUCGAUACCCGAUGGAUCAUCGGAGCCGACAUUCGAGGCGCUAAUGUUCAGGCCUAGGGAACAAACAAACGCUCUUUUUGCACUCGGAGAACAUGCUGUUUCUUUACCCUCUAACCUUCCCAUUUUAUAUUUUUACACUUAUUUUGACAGCUUCGAAACGUCAAAAGAACGAAGAACAAAUACGCGUUGCCCCAAUAAAAAAAAAAUUCUUUAGUUUAAUAGAUAUUUAAAAAAUCUGAACUAAAGAGAAUAGUCGCGCUUUGUGAGAUUUUUGCUUCGGGAGUAAUGUUUUACCGAUGGUAUAUCCUGCACGCGUGGAGCAUAUAGUCGGAGGUUCCCACACUGCAGGCCAUGAUUUAUUGGCCUGCCACCCGCCAGACCUGCUGUCAUCAUCGUCCCAUCCUAUACUAACUUCCCUUUCUACGCGAUCUUCGCGCCAUAUCGGCUUCUUCUUUCCUCGCGCCCCAUGAAACAGGAAGGUCGUUUGAUGCCCCGGUGACGUCCAUCCGCCUUGCUUUGCCUUAUGCAGCCAAUCUUGCUGACUACUCCCAUACGUUCCAAUAAUUAUCUUUUUUCUACGACCAAAGGACUAUAGGUAUGUCGCGCACAGAUAAUCGCAACACUUUCCACCCGAGUAGGCAGCAAAUAUUCAAGGAUUACCUAUUUAAGUAUUGCGCAUUGUUUUGGAAAGAAAGAGAGAGAGAGAGAGAGAGAGAGAGAAAAGCAAAGUAAAGGGUAAGAAGGGUAAGAAGCUUAUUAAUGAGGUCACCCGGGGGAGAAAGGAAGGAAGGAAGAAAGGAAGGAACGAAGAGAGCGUAAGGGCGGCAUGUGGAAAGGGAGGGGGAAGAGAGAGGCGCCAAAGGUGGCGACGGAAGAGGGGAGAGGAGGCGAAAGGGAUCGCGAGGGUUCCUUCCAGAAGACGAGACGAAGACCAAGUCGUCGGGUGCGUAGGAAAGGAAGAGGGGUUAUUUCGUUUGGUCGUCUUUGGCGUGGUUUCCUAAGCUACAGCUCCAGUGGCAGCCUGGUGUCGUCGUCGUCGUCGUCGUCGUCGUCGUCAUCAUCGUCGUUGUCGUCGUCGUCUUCUGCCUUGUACUGCUGCUCGACACACAGUCGAACUCGUUCGCCACUGGACGACGGAUGUCGUCGCCGUCGCCGUCGUCGUCAUCGUCGGCGUCGGCACUAUUCUCCUUUAGACACCUCGUCGUCCUCUUCUCCUAUCUUCGCAACCCUAUUCCUACUUCUCCCCGAUCUUUCUCCUUCCUUUUAUAAAAUCCUUUUGUACGGUGGCAAUAUAGAGUCUUGGCAAUAGUCACGGCAAUAGUCACGGCAAUAGUCACGAUGUCGUCUUACCGUCCGCGGCUCCUCCUCCUCCUGCUCUUGGUCGCGUCACUUUCUACAUCUCGGUGCACCGGAUGCGCCUUUUGCGAGAAAUUCUUUCAACCGCAGCCUCGGCAGCAACGGGAGCAAGAGGAGAAAUCCUAUUUGACUCGCAGGACGAUAGGCAGUCCGAGACCCUUUGGCGCCGAGAGACCGACACGCGCUCAAGAAUUCAACAGGACCGGCGUGUUGCAUCCCGAAUACCAGAUACCGGCAACUCUUCGACCGGGCAAUGUGUCGCAGUUUUAUUAUUUGAACCCGCGAGAAGGUCCACCUUUGACGUUGCUCGUCAGUCCCUGCAGCGGUCCGAUCGCGUGGACGGUGAGUUACGUAGAAACACCUGAAAACGAUCGAAAAUUCGAAGGAACAAAAUUAGAUCAAACACGAUGGCCAGUGAAAACUCUUAAACCAGGAUCGCCUUUGUUUACGUACGAAGGAGCAGAAGAUCAAAAUUUUACGAUAGCCCGAACGCGCGCUGGUUUGUAUUGGUUUGAAAUCAAAUCAAUGCGAGGUAGGAAACUUGAAAAAUCCGAUCCAAGCACGGUAUUGUUGUACGCAACCUCCAACGCCUUGAAUCAUCUGUCAGGAUUUUAUGCGUACGAAAAAGAUAAUCGUCAACGUUCCUUAAGAUUUCAACAGAGAAGAAGCAAACGUCGUUUAACCAUAUCUUGGAACAAAAGCCACGUAGAUCCGCACCUAUCCAACUAUUGUUUGGCCGUUACGUCGGGAACCGAAGCCCAUCCUUCGACUCUUUGCGCCGCACAAAACUUUCUUGUCGUUCACUCGUCGCACGCCGUUGGCAAGGCAAGCUCCUCAAGCAACAAGGAGCAUCAAUAUCGGGGUAUCCCGGAAGGGCUUCAUUGCGUACGACAAACUAAAUUAACUCUUCACAGAAUGAAGUUCGACACUACGUACAACUUUACUCUAUACGUGGUUAACAUGCGUAAUAACGUUUCGAACAAACUUGCCACCGAUGCCAUAAGAUUUCGAAAGACGCCCGAGUUAAUGUUACACACGGGACGUUACGCUACGGUCAAUUUGAGAAAAACCGAUGGUUUCGUCAAUUUCCGUUAUCGCCCACCGGAGAACGCAUCUAGUAUCUUCCACAUUCUUCCUUGCGGCGGUGGCAUAGUCAAGGCCAAAUUAAGCGCUCCAGGAAUACUGCGGUCUUUCUCUAUUUGGCGAUUUGUAGGAAAAGGAAGUUGUGGGAUAUGCAUUUCUCCGAGUACCUUUACUACCCUCGGGGAAAGCUUAUAUUCUGCGCAUAUCUGCUACACCGCAAGAAUUAGCACGGGUCUCGGCAAUCAAAGUGCUCGUUACGCAGGAGUCUUCGAUGAUUUAUCCGCAGGUACCGUCGAGAAGCACGCCACGCGAAUAUCGCUCUUUGAGAAACUGCGACGAGGUGACAAUCGGAGUAGAGUCUGCCGGUGCCGCGAAAUAUUGCAUUCUCGUAAGAGAAUUGAAAGAUUCCUCGAGUUUGAGCAGCGUUACUAACGUACCCGAUCAGUGCGGUCUCCAUCGUCGUCGUCGAUCCGAAUAUACGUUCGAGGUCUGCGAAGAAAGGAAGACCACGCCAAAGGACAGAGCUCUACCGUUUACCAUAAAGAAACUCCAACCAGGAAAGGCGUAUCUUUUGCAAAUCACGGCUCAGCUCAAAGGUCGAUCCUUGUCUUAUCCUCUUUUAGGCGUACGCACGAAACGUACCUGUCUGUUGCAUCCGUAACGCAGUCGUUAACGCAAGUGUACUUGCCAGAUUUAUCUAACGAUUAAAUCGUUCUUACGCUUUCAUUCACCUAUCACACGGUGCUCAAUGAAAUAUCAUAAAAUUCAUUUUUAUCGAUUCUAUAAUACGUAUGUAAAUAUAUACGUAUAAUAAAAUAUACUGGAUAAAAAUAGCAUUCAAUAAAAUUCCUAUUAAUUCGUAUUUUUUGGACAAAUUCACUUUGCUUUAAGCCUAUAAAAUUACAUAGGAUUAGGCCGUAAAAUUAUACGUCAAAUUAUACGUCAAAUAAAACAUAAAAUCAUACAUAGUUA